AUGUCAGAUGCCGGGCGCUUUUGCGUCUCCGGAAGCAGCAGCAUUGGACGUACUUCAGAGGGCAGCACAGAGCAGGAGGGCAGUGCUGACGAAGAGGCCAGACCGAAGAGCUCAGCAUCUUCCUCGAGCGACGAGGGAGAUGUGGUGGAGGAGGUUGGCGAAAAUAUGCCCUCGCAGGAGAACCUGGCGCGAUACUGCAGAGAAAAAUUCGAGAGUGGCGUGCAGGAUGCCAUGCUCGAGAAGCUGCGAUUGCCUGAAGACUGGAUUGAGGAAAUCAAGGAGACAUGGCUAGCCUUUGUUGAGAGGUCUGGCUCUAGGCAAGCCGCUGGAGAAGCCGUCUGGGACGCCGUCAUGGAGCUGUCACCGCAUUUACAGAAGUCCUUUCGUUUUUCACGCCAUGUAUUUGCCGUGCGGUUCAUGAAUGGCACAAGCAGCCUCAUUGCAGAUUCUGGGAACCCAGAAACUUUGAAGGACAAGGCUGAAAAGCUCGCUUUCCAGCACAUGAACACGGUGUCGCUUGAGAAUGUGGAGACCUUCGUCGCUGGCAUCACGACGGCCAUGGACGGCGAGCUGGGACAUCGUUUCUCCGAGGUGUCCUUCCAAAGCUUCCGGGUCCUCUUCAACUACAUAGGGGGCAUCUUCUUGUUCGUGAAGCGCGAGUACGGCGAACGGGUUCGACGGAUCCUUUGCAGCUGGCAAGAUGCAAACAAGUACAGCGCGGAGCACCACGAGCAUGAAUCAUCGGAAGUGCACGGGGAUGCGACUGCGCAAGCUCCGGGACAGAAGGAGCCUGAAGGUGGCGACAUCAAGGCUGCACGAACAAAGAAGAAGGUGAUAGAAACUCCACAGACCUUCAGGGACAUGUUUAUGUUCAAUGCAUCUGUCAUGGGCUAUGCUGACACGGACUGGAUGAACUGCACAUUGGAUUAUUUUGGCGCAAUGGCGAACAAUGCUGACAAACCAUACAGGAUGCAGGAGGAAUGCCAUGUGUUGGCGUUGAUUCUCAACCGACACUAUGUUGCAAAAGGAAGGAAGACUAUCUCCUUGGUCAGCUUCAAGACCGUCCUGUUAGCUUCACUUCGCUCCGUGAUGCCUCAAGACUGGGACAUGGACCUCGAUGAAGCUUGGACCUGGUUUUGGGGUCAGAUCGCCCGCACGCUCUCCGGAUGUCUCACAAAGGUGUCGCGGUACAGGAGGAGUCUUCAGCAGCUUAUCACCAACAUGUCAGAAGAUGAUCUCUCGACCUUCCGAGAGAGUAUUUUCGACAAGUUUUUUGAGACGAGCCCUGGAGCGCGCAACCACUUGAAAGUGUCGGCAACGAGACUGUGGUAUGUGAUUGAUAACAUCCUGCAUCUGGCCAUGGAAAUCUACUCCGAUCCUUCUGUGAAGGUGCCGGAAGUUUCCGCUGUCGGACUUAGGCAUGUAGGCAUGAGCAUCCCUAGCCAAUUCUUUGCUCCUCUGGCGGAUGCUAUCGUGGAGAGCAUGAAGCCUUAUGUGGGUGAGGGCCGGCAAGUGGCUUUGGAGUCGCUCAGAUGGUCUAUGGAACUUCUUGCGCAGAUUAUGACCCGUGUCAACGUGGAAGGUUCGACGUUGGUGAUGAAAGCUGUGAGCCAGAACGAUCCCCUGGCUCUGAGUAGGGCACUUGCGAUUGCACCCCGAGGGCAAAGGAUUCACGAAAUGCUAACUGUCGCAGUCGGAUCUCAGUCGAUUUCUCCGCUCUACUGGUCCAUAGAAACAGGCCACUUGGCUUGCGCCCGUACGAUCAUCCAGGAUUUGAUGACCAUACGCGGAGACAGAAACGUGUAUUAUUUCGGUUGUGACGACCUCUUCCGCCGGCACCCGGACAUCAUCUCCAAAAUGAGCGUAUUCGCGCCUGACCUUCUAUGGCCACUGCUGGAGGGCCUCAUCUGGAGGUCCCGGAUUGUGAAGGGGGAGCUCCGCCGAGCGAUCUACUACAUCAAGAACUUGAUCCAGGACAGCUUCGGCAACUUUAGCGAGAAUAUCGAAGUUCUUGCAGAACAUGGAGAUCCACAGGUCAUCGUCCAUCCAGCGGUGAUGAAGGCAGUGGAUGUAAUUUGGUAUCGACUGGCGAUGUUCAGGUUUAUCCUCCAGCGCAUGUACUCCAUCUUCGCUUUGUGCGUGUUGCUCACCGGCCAGUCUUUCCUACAUGGGUCGACGUCACGCGAGGCAAACAUCAUCAUCGCUGUCUGUCGAGGCUUCACCUAUGUCUUCGGCCUAGGGCCCCUGCUUUGCCAGCACGUCCUGCACUUCCUCAGGGAUGCAAUGGCCGGGCAGAUGGUGCGCACCAUCAUAGGACCAAUGCCACGCUAUCUGCUCAGCCCAGAAUGGUUCAGCUCCGCAGUUCUUCUAGUCGUUUUGAUUGCGAUGCUGAGCCUGGAGCCAGUGAUUUGGUGCCUGUACCACGGCAGCGCUCAGGGUGAUUUACUAACAAGAUCCUGCCCUCAGUCGGAUCCAGUCAGGGACUGGUACUCUGCGAUCUCAGCCCUAGCUGUGAUGCUGCACUGGUGCCUUGUCCUGCUGGACAUCUCCAUAUUCUCGACGAGGGUGGGGGCCUUUCUCUUGGCAUGCCGCUACGUGGCAACGCAAGUCGCGCUGACCAUUGCUGCAGCUUUUUUCUUUGUCUUCUCCUUUGCAACUGCUAUUAACGCAAUGGCCCAUACAUUAGUCGAGCUGGAUGGUGUGCAGAGCUGGGUCCUGGUGCUGUCGCAAAUCACCCUUGGGACUGUCCCAAGCGAUUCCUGGCAAAGCUUGCAAGCAGAUGAUUCCGUACAGGUUAUGGUUAGCGUUUUUUGCAUCAUCAUGGUUACAUUCAUGUUGAAUCUACUUGUGGCACAGAUCGUCGCGUGCUAUGGAAAAUGCUUCACAGACCUGCAGGGAUUCGCACGGUUAAACCGGACAUCCCACUUGGCGGAGAUGGCAGAUCAAAUCCCAAGAAGGCGCUGGUCUGCUUUUUUGGAGACGCUGCACUUGGAGGAGCCCUUGGAAUUCGGCGAAGGAGAUCGCGGCCCCGCCGGGGGUCUCGAGGUCCUGGAGUCGGCGAAAGCGCAUCUGGUCAUUCAGGAUUCCGUCCAGCGAUACAGCGGCUCCACUUCUCCGGACACUCCGUGGCCGGAGCCCAGAGAGCACAAGGACGGGUUUGAACGCUUGGAGCGCAUGCUCUUGAAACUCCAGCAGACGGAAAGGCGAAAGGGUGGUCAUUCCAGCAGCGCUGCCAGUGGUGCUGGUCGAAGUCCGUUCUCGUUGAGUCCGGAAAGUGAGAGCUCACCCCGCGAUGCCGAGCUUCCGCCCGAAAGUCCCACCAAGAGUUUGCCGACUCCCAGCAGGAGUCUGCGCGUUCCUGAGCUUUGA